AUGAAGGGGAAAGGCAAAAGCAAGGGAAUUGCUUCGAACUAUCAAGAGGGUAUCCUCGGACAGAAGCAGAAACCCUAUUACCAGGCCAAUCAGAAUCAAGCAAAAGGAAAAGGCAAGAAGACAACAGCUACCCGCAGAGGGAUGCCUUCCUUCAAGGAGUGGUCUGUGCAAACAAGGCCCGAAUGGAGCCUCAUGCGUGAAAUUAUGCUCACGUCUCUCGCUAAGCUUCAGAUUGACGCGAAGUUGGUGGACUUUGAAGAUGUCAUUUGGGCUGGCAAUUUGCCUACCUACUCGAAGGCGUUUGAUCGCGUCACAGCAAAGACAGAGCGGCCACUAAAGAGAUUUGAGGAGCUUAACUUCUUCAAUGUCACAACAUCCGACGACCCGCUCUUGCCGGAACUUCUGCAGAACGAUGACAGCGUCACUGUCAUCGCCACUGAUCACGUGUUGGCCUGCCUUGUGGCAGCUGCAAGGUCAGUGUACUCUUGGGACAUUGUCGUUUCAAAGGUGGCAAACAAGCUGAUUUUUGACAAAAGAGAUGGCUCGCAGAUCGAUUUCCUGACAGUCAAUGAAACUGCACAGGAUCCUCCCAAUGCAGAUGAUAAGGAAAGCAUGAAUGGCCCUGUGAAGCUGGGUCAGGAAGCUUCUUGCAUCAACCAGAACUUCUCCCAGAUGGUCCUUGACCCCGAGGAGCCCGUGGACGAAAUGCAGCACGCAAAUCCUUUCGAGGAUGAGGAAAACCAAGGCUGCGUGGCAUCUGGUGCCUACAGAUAUAGGAAGAUCACGCUGCCUGGCAACCCCAAGGCACCCACUGAGUUCGAGCAGAACCCAGUCAAGCUAGUGGUCCGUACAGAGGUGAACUGCAAGCUACCAGGGAGCACGGAGCUUGCUUCUGUCAAGGCGAUGCAUGAGUAUGAGCCCAAACCCAACUACAACUGGCGCUCCCACCUGGAAUCACAGCGAGGUGCAUGCCUGGCAACUGAGCUGAAGAACAAUGCCUUCAAGCUCGGCAGGUGGACGGCACAGGCCAUUCUUGCCGGAUGUGACACCAUCAAGAUUGGCUAUGUGUCACGCCAGCAUCCCAAGGAUCCAUGGUCCCAUUCUCUUCUGGGAGUCCAAACCUACACCACUAGCAGCUUUGCGGAGCAGAUUGGCCUCACAAGGAAUAACAUGUUUGGCAUCAUUAGGAACAUCGUCGACUUGAUCAUGGGUUGGGAAGAUGGAAAGUACCUCUUGCUGAAGGACCCAACCAAGUCCGUUUUGCGCAUCCACGAGGUGCCCUGGGACACCUUCCAAGAUGACGAUGAAGAUGAAGAGGCGGAUGAAGAAGAGGUGGGAGACGAUGGUGCCACUCACAUAGCAAACGCUCUGGAAGUAGCUGCAAGUGAAAAGAUGCACACAAUUGAUGUCAGUGGCAACAGGAUCUCUGAUUUCGGAAUGAUUCAGUUGAGCAAGGCCUUGCUGAUGGCGAGCAAAAUGCGGAUCCUGGAUCUUUCAGGGAACAAAUUCGGGGACCAGGCAACCGAAGAGUUGGCAAAGGCAUUGCCCCCGAAUUUGGAGGAGCUUGACUUGACAGGCAAUCAGAUUGGGCCUGACGGAAUCAAAGCUUUGGCCUCUGUGGCCACAGGAGCUCUCCAUUGGUGA